AUGGCUCUUUUAGUCGAUAAGCUGCGGCCACGCACUCUUGAUGCUCUAUCCUAUCACUCAGAGCUCUCUGAUCGCCUGCGGUCACUAGCACAAAGCGGAGAUUUUCCCCAUUUACUAGUCUACGGACCCUCGGGCGCUGGCAAGAAAACACGAAUCAUUGCGACAUUGAAAGAGCUUUAUGGCCCAGGUGUCGAGAAGAUCAAGAUCGACGCCAGAGUCUUCCAAACGACAAGCAACCGAAAACUAGAAUUCAACAUUGUGUCAUCAGUCUACCACCUCGAAAUCACUCCCGCCGACGUCGGAAACUAUGACCGAGUGGUCGUUCAGGAAUUGCUCAAGGAGGUCGCGCAGACGCAACAGGUUGAUCUUAGCGCCAAGCAGCGCUUCAAGGUCGUUGUGAUCAACGAAGCCGACCACUUGACCCGCGAUGCCCAGGCAGCCCUCAGACGUACCAUGGAAAAAUACAGUCCCAAUCUCCGAUUGAUUCUCCUGGCCAACAGCACAUCCAACAUCAUCGCGCCAAUUCGUUCUCGAACCCUGCUGGUCAGGGUUGCAGCGCCUACCGAAAGCGAUAUCUGUUCUGCGCUCAGUGCUGCAGGAGAUAAACAAGGAUGGGUCGAGUCAGAAGUACUCAACAAGAGGAUUGCGAAGGAGAGUGGACGGAACCUGCGACGGGCGUUGCUCAUGUUUGAGUCGAUUUAUGCCCAGAAUGAGAAAGUCACGGACACGACUCCUAUUCCGCCUCCGGACUGGGAAGCCCUCAUCACUCUAACGGCUGAUGAGAUCCUGUCUGAACGGUCACCGGCUCGGCUAUUGCAGGUCCGCGCACGUCUGUAUGAUUUAUUGACCCACUGCAUUCCCCCGACGACUAUUUUGAAGACCUUGACAUUCAAGCUCGCGACGCGGGUUGAUGAUGCAUUGAAGCCAGACGUUAUCAAGUGGUCUGCCUUCUAUGAACACCGUAUCAAGCUGGGAAGCAAAGUGAUCUUCCACUUGGAAGCCUUUGUGGCCAAGUUCAUGCGCAUCUAUGAAAGUUAUUUGAUGGGCAUGGACUUCUAG